UAUAUCAAUCGUGGGGCGUUAAGAAAAAAAAAAUUUUUUAAAAAAAGACGAAAUUCUCCAAAAGAUAUGAGUGCUACAUUGUAAAGUCUUACCUAGUAGGUAUUCAAAUGAUAACUAGGUAGCUAGUAGAUAUAUCCUAGUUUCGCGAUGCCUGCCGAUUUCGAGAAGCAGAGCUACUGGCGCGAGCGCUUCAAAUCCGAGACGUCCUUCGAGUGGCUGGCCUCGUCCGAAUCUUUCAUGACUCUCAUAGCACCUCACCUCUCCGAAAUCUCCCGCCGCGAAACUCAACCGAAGAUCCUUCAUCUAGGCUCCGGCACAAGCGAUUUGCAGAACCAUUUCCGCGCGAAUGGGUACCUGGACGUCACGAACGUCGACUACGAGCCGCUUGCUAUCGAGCGUGGACGUCAGCUAGAAGAAGCCACCUUCGGUGAGGUGAGAUUAAAGUACGUUGUCGCCGACGUGACGCAGCUAGGGAGCGGCCUACGGUCGGACCAAAGAUUCGAUAUCGUCAUUGACAAGAGUACCGUCGAUGCCGUCUCCUGCGGCGGGACGACGACGAUCUUACGGAUGGCCUCCGGGAUUAGGAAAUAUCUUGCCGAGGGGGGUAUUUGGAUUUCUCUUAGCUAUUCGUCGACCCGUUUCGAUGUCGAGGACCUACCGUUUGACGUUGAGGUCAUAGCUAAGAUCCUAACUCCUAAAUUGAAGGAGAGCGAGCCCGAGGUUUACCACCAUUGCUAUCUUCUUAGGCCUAAAUGACUGGGGUCCGGUAAAAGUAAGGAAAUGAGCUUGAUUUGCCCUGCUUAUGCUAAACAUCUUGA